AUUAAACCAUCCGCGAGUAGGUUAGAACAGUGAAAUUUAGAUCAAUGUUCAUAGCCUUCACGAAGCAUGAUGUCCAGUCCACCGUUAACAGUUCUCUUGUCCUGGCUGCUGUUGAGCGCGAUAGCGCAGGCAAAGUACAUUGUCCCUGGCGGGAGAUGGAGAGAUACAGCUAGAAACCUCGUCAAUGCACAUGCUGGAAAUAUCGUACUUGAUAAUGGCACGUUCUACUUAUUUGGUGAAUACAAGACUGAGGGCCAAGAAGAAGGUGGCGGAAUAUCAGUGUAUUCAUCGUCAGAUUUGAGUACAUGGCACUCUCACGGACAUGCAUUGACGCCAAUUAAGGGUCAUCCAUACAUAUCACCUCAAAUGAUCAUACAACGUCCCAAGGUGGUGUACAGCGAAGCGGCAAGACAGUACCAUAUGUGGUGGCAUGCAGACAACUCAAAAUAUGGUCUCCUACUCCAAGGCUUAGCUACUGCAGACGCGAUUACUGGACCCUACAGCUUCGUUUCUGCGACGCCGCCGCUGGGAAAUUGGAGUCAAGAUUUCGGGUUGUUUACGGAUUACAAGGAUGGGCGCUCAUAUGCCCUUUACUCGAACGGCGACUCGAAAGAAGGCCGUGAUGUGUACCUGACUGCGUAUAACGAAGAAGUAUCCGCCCUCGAAGACGUAGUCCAUCGCUUCGACAAGUAUGACCUUGAAGCCCCGACAAUCCUGCAGACCGAAAAGAGUUAUUAUGCUCUAAUGUCACAUAAGACCGGGUACCGUCCCAAUAAUGUCGUCGCAUUUCGAGCUGACAAGUUGGCCGGACCGUGGUCACAGCCGUGGAUCGUAGCUCCGCUUAAUACGAGAACAUUCAACUCCCAGUCUGGUUUCGCCCUGAGAAUUAAGGGAACUAAAAAGACAACAUACUUGUAUAUAGGCGAUCAGUGGGAUUCCAAUUCGCUUUGGGAAUCCCGGUAUAUCUGGCUUCCUAUCAACAUCGACGACGGCAAGAAGACGCUCUCGUUGGAAUGGUACGAUGUCUAUGACUUGGAUGUGAAAUCUGGAGAAUGGUCUCCAGUCAAGGGGAAGGCUUAUCUCGGAAAGGACGCAGUGACGCAGGGAAACGCCUUCAAGCAGGAAGCUAACUUCGCGAGUGGUGGUACCGUCCUUACCGGCAUCUACGGUAACGAUAGCACUGUCACAUUCCAUGGUAUUGAAGGGACUGGGAAACCUCAGUGGAUUUCUUUCUACUAUCAGAAUACCGAUGACAUGGGCUUCGGUGAUCAACCUGGCGGUUCACCCGACCGAAUCGGAGGGGCAUGGCAAUUACGACGCAUCAGUAGUGUAAUUGUGAACGGUGAUACUUCCAAUGUCGAGACGCUAUACCAAAGGGACACGCAUAAGGGAAUCAUCUUGUCGACACCUCUCCAGUUGACUCUCAGGAAGGGGAGGAAUAACACGAUCACUGUUGGUGGCUUGUUCAAUGGUGUAGAUUAUAAGGGAGCAGAUCUCGAUAGGAUCGUUGUGUACCCCCCGGAGACAUGAGGCUGCUUUUCCAUUGAGCACAUUAUUAACUGAUCUUAUUGCGCGCAAUUGAUAUGCUCAAUUUCUAAAAG